AUGAAGUCCCAGAACAGCCAGCCGAAGCAGACGGACAACUUUCACGACUGGGCCGCCGAGUUGAGCCAGGAGUCCUCCAUCCACGGCGUACCCUACGUGGCCCGGAGGGAUCUCCACUGGACCGAACGCCUCUUCUGGACGGCCAUAGUCCUGGCCUCGGCCUACUACGCCAUCAACAGCUGCCUGGCUCAAUGGGAUAGGUUCCAGGAAAACCCCAUUGUCUACGAGUACGAAUACCUCUUCGCGCUGCGAAACUUCACUUUAAUCGGGGUCACACUUUGCACCAGCUAUGCUGAUGAAAAGUCGAUGGAACAGGUCGUAAACCAAACUUGGGGAGUAGAUCCCAGGCAAGACCCAGAAAAGGCAAGGUACUAUAUGGAGUUUCUGGACGUGCUCAACCACCUUCAGUACAAGACAAUGGAGACCCUAAGCCCUUUCGAGAAUGAUACCACUCUGGACAACUUGAAUUACGUGAGCAUGCUGCUCGAUCUGCAGAAGAAGGUUAUUCCCACUGAAAUCCCCGUUGUCUUUGCGUCGACCAUUACGGAGGUGGGAUUAUGCCAAACCACCAGCCAGCUAAACCGAUACGGCAAUCCCUAUGGCAAAAUAGAAAACUUGCCAGUUUCAAAAGUAAAGCAAUGCGGCUUCUUCAGCGAAUGCAACUGGUCAAACAAGCCAUUCAAUACCAUUAAGACCCACAUGUUUUUGUACCUGCACGAUGUCAACGAAGUUAUGCUACCCGACGAUAAGCGCACCAUCUUUUUUGAUGCCAAAGUCCUAAGCUCCUAUAUAAUCGGGCUUUUGCUUCACUCGGUAUCGGCGGACAGAGAGGUGCGAAACUUACCGGUGGCAUAUCGCAAGUGUCGCUACAAUGACGAAAACUAUCUUGAAUACUUCAGUCCGUACCAUCCGAGCCUGUGUCGCCUGGAGUGCCGCAUCAAACAUGCGCUGAGCCUGUGCCACUGCAAGCCCUAUUUCUAUGCAGCAGCUCCAGAAGCUCCAGUUUGCAACAUAUCCGGAAUGCUCUGCCUGGCCCGCUCAAAUUGGCUGGAAAGACCCUGCGAGUGUUUUCCAUUGUGUCGGGAAAGCACCUACAACAUUUUCCAAGUGGAGGAGCAGAAUGGGGGCGAUGACAACUACACUGGCCAGGAGUUCGAGCGAACGGUGAUAAUCAACACAAAGCUGCCCAAGAUGGGCAUGAAGCGGAGAGUCGUUUUCAGCACGGACCAGUUGAUAAUGUCUUUCGGCGGAGCCAUCGGCCUCUUUCUGGGUGCCAGCUUCAUGACCAUUUACGGCCUCAUCAAUCUGUUCCUCACUUUUUUAGCUUAUAAAUGCAAAGAAAGCUAUUUUAAAAAACUAUGAACCCAAUAUGGGCAGUGCCCAUUGGGCCCCUAUCAUAAACA